AUGACAGCAUGGGAUAGUGAGAAGUGUGGAUGUGCAGGACUCCUGCUGGGGAUUGGGUCUGAUCCUGGUGAGCUAUUGACAUUCAGGGAUGUGUCUAUAGAAUUCUCUCCAGAGGAGUGGGCCUGCGGGGACACUGCUCAGCAGAAUUUGUACAGGGAUGUGGUGAUAGAGAACUACAGAAACCUGGUCUCCCUGGGACUUGCUGCCUUUAAGCCAGACCUGAUCACAUGUCUGGAACAAAGACAAGAGCCCUGGAAUGUGAAGAGAGAAGAGGCAACAGCUAAACACCCAGGUAGGUGA